UUAUAAGUUACUUAAAUACUGAGUUUGGUUAUUUGAAUGUUUGUUUCGGUAUUAUCGCUUCAGAAUGUUGUAUUUUCUCUGAGUAUUGUAAACCAGAUGCCUGGAAUCACUGUCAAGGACGUCGAUCAAGAUAAAGUUGUGCAGGGCGUAGCUCUCUUUCUGAAAAAAUCCGGUAAACUAAAGGUCCCGGAUUAUAUUGACCUCAUCAAGACCGCCAAGUACAAGGAGCUGGCUCCGACGGAUCCGGACUGGUUUUACGUACGUUGUGCAUCGAUUUUACGCCGGCUGUACCACCAGAGCCCGUCAGGAGUUGGGUCAAUCACCCGCAUCUAUGGUGGCCGUAAGCGUAACGGUGUUCGUCCGUCGCAUUUUUGCCGUGCCGAUGGCAGUGCGGCCCGAAAGGCGGUUCAGGCUUUGGAACAAAUUAAACUGAUCGAGAAGCACCCUGAUGGCGGACGGAAGCUGACCAGCCAAGGGCAGCGGGAUCUGGACCGAAUUGCAGCUCAGAUUGUCAGUAAACAACGCGCUGCACUGAGGAAGGAAGCCGCAACGAUUGUGUUGGCAUAGGCAACUGCAUCGAAACUUUCGAAUGUGAAAAUAUAAGUUAACGAUUGAAACGGUGAA